AAAAUAAGUUAACUUAUAUCCGAAGCUAUAUCGCAGAUAUAAUAAAUAAACAAAAGGUUUAGCUAGCUCUUUACCGAUCGGUGCAUUUUAAAACAAAAAUUCUCCAUAACAAAUGUACAGAAAUAGUUAUUUUUUUAAUUAACCAAUUUGUCAUUGCUCGAGUUUAAAUUCAAAUAAUAGAUAUAUAUAUAAGAAUGUGAACCUGAUCUUUAUAUAUUCAAGAAUCUAUUUCCAUCGCUCCCCCUCUCUCUCACCGAAGUUCUUAUCUCUCUCUCUCUUUUGUUUAAAGGGGUUCUUUCACUAAACAUCAUACUUGUGUCUUCAGUUUCAGUGCCAUAACUUUUGUUUUCCUCUCCAUUUCUUGCAUACGAAAAGUUCGUCUUGGUAUUUGUGAUUUGUCAUCUCUGAUUAUUUCUUCUCUUUAAAGCGUGGAGGAGAGAUCUUUGACCGUUCUUGAAAACUUGAACUGAAGCAAAGAUGGGUAGAGCAGUGAGAUGGUUUAAGGGAAUCUUCGGUAUGAAGAACAGCAAAGAGAAAGAGUACCGAGUUUCCGGCGACGGAAGAGGAGAAGCCGGUGAGUCUCUCAUCCACCGGAAAAUUCUCCAAGCAGACAACGUCUGGCUCAGAACAUACUUGGCGGAAACAGACAAAGAACAGAACAAACACGCCAUUGCGGUUGCUGCCGCCACUGCCGCAGCCGCAGACGCAGCAGUUGCAGCGGCUCAAGCUGCCGUUGCGGUGGUCAGGCUAACAAGUAACGCGAAAACCGGAGGACGUUCCGGUGGCAACGUAGUUUACGGGACCACAAUGGAGCGGUGGGCCGCGGUGAAGAUUCAAAGUGUCUUCAAGGGCUAUUUGGCGAGGAAAGCGUUAAGAGCGUUGAAAGGUCUAGUGAAGCUACAAGCUCUAGUGAGAGGAUACUUAGUUCGCAAACGCGCAGCCGAAACGCUCUAUAGCAUGCAAGCUCUCAUCAGAGCACAAACGAGCGUUCGGUCUCAACGCAUAAACCGUAACAACAUGUUGCACCCUCGACAUUCUCUUGAGAGGUUUGAUGAUUCAAGAAGCGAGAUCCAUAGCAAGAGAAUGUCAAUCUCUGUCGAGAAACAUAUCAACAACAACACUUAUGAUGAGACCAGUCCCAAGAUUGUUGAGAUUGACACUUACAAGACUAAGUCAAGAUCGAGGAGAAUGAAUGUUGCUGUAUCUGAAUGUGGAGAUGAAGAUUUCGAAUGGAGUUUUCGUGGAGAGAAAUGUAAAUUUCCCACGGCUCAAAACACCCCAAGAUUCUCUUCAUCGGCGGCAAUGAAUAAUAAUUAUUACUACACACCGCCUUCGCCGGCAAAAAGCGUUUGCAGAGACGCUUGUUAUAAGCCGAGUUAUCCUGGUUUGAUGACACCUAGCUAUAUGGCUAAUACGCAGUCGUUCAGAGCCAAGGCGCGUUCGCAUAGUGCGCCGAGACAGCGUCCUGAUAGGAAGAGGUUGUCGCUUGAUGAGAUUAUGGCGGCUAGGAGUAGCGUUAGCGGCGUGAGGAUGGUCCAACCGCAACCGCAGUUACUGCAACAGCAACAAGAGAAACGUUCUUCUUGUAAUUAUGAUCGUCAGUUUCCACAAGAACCGGCUGGUUUUAGAUUCUAUAAUUAGAAAGAAACGUUUCUAUUUUUCGUCCUUGAAAAGAGUACGUCAUAGAUUUGACUUUUCUUCAAGGACUACUUUGGGUCUUUUAUUUUCUCCCUUUAUCUUCGGGCUCUUAUUUUGUAAAUGUUUGGUUUGGAAAAAAUGUUAAAAUUUAUUUCUAAAAAGUCACUUUGACCACUCCAAGCAAGUUUUUAAAUUGUCAAAUUUGUUUAUAGAUGUUUUCUCUAAUGAUGUUUUUAGUUAA